AUGUUGAUGCCUCCGAGACAGCGACGCCGGGGGAAACGCACGCCAAAUGAAGUCUCAGACUCCAACAACAGCACACGCAGCGGACGUGGACGGCCUAUGAAACGGCCCGGUCAGCUCAGGCCUUCGCGUAAAGCUCGAACCUUGCAAGCCAACAUCAUCCAACAACAGCUCACAGCAGAGGUUGAAACUCCCAGGAAGCUAUCGGCCCUGGAGGCGCUGCCGGUCGAAAUCAUCGAGCAGAUCUUUUUCCAUGCCCUGGAGCUGAAUCUGCCGAGAGCAUCAGUGCACCUGGCCCGAGCUCUGUCUCGACCUCCGGUCUAUUCUGCCCUCGUUCUCUUCGCCUAUUUUGACGCAUCUUUGACUCGGCGCGUCGAGCCUCGUUAUUUCGCCCCCGCGACGUUUCGGCCCAUCGAGCUCGACGACCGGAUACAGCUGCAGGAAGACAUCCUGAGGACUCGAUGGUGCACGUUGGAAUUUCUCCAAUCUUGCCUACCUGUUCUGACCCGGUUGACCAUGGUCACAUGCUGGCGCCUUGAAAAGGAGUCUGGCGAGGAGACAGCUUGCGGUAUUACGACCGUGAACUCCGACAGUCACCAUGAUGGUCUCCCACCAAUCGAGGACGCGAGUGGCAUGGAACAUUACUUUAGACCAAGGUCAGCUAUGCUACCAAGUGCGCAACAAGAUGAAGCAUCGACAGCCAACGCUCAACACGGAUAUCCUCCGCUGAUCAUCAACGGGGAACGUUGCAUAAGAGUGAAAAGCCUGCGGCCCAAAGCGAUACUGCGCAACACACAGCCUCGGAGCGUGCUCGCGGCGUACGUCAUUCCCGAACAAAUUGUCCUCCGCAAACCAUGGACGGACACAAACAUCAAGUUGCUCCAGCUGCUCCGCCAGGCCCUGCGAUUCUGGCCAUGCCGCGACGAUAUGCACUGCGCAGUGGUUCCGUCGCCGCAGUCAAUGUUUGGUGGCAUGGCGAAUGCUAUCCACGAAGCCAAUGAACUGGCACUGCUCGUGCUGCUCGAGGUAUAUGACACGCUGGUGAGACGGCGCUACCCCGACCAACCUCUGCCCUUGCGACUGUUCCACCAGGCAUGCUCAGAGCCUACGCUACCGGUCCGUCUGCAGUGCAAAAUGAUUGGGUUGCUGCUGCGGGCCGCCGCCGAGCAUGUCCCCGCGGACGACGAGAUACUGACACGGUGGGCCAUCCGUGUGACGAGCUCGUCGACCGCAGUAGAGCAUGACCUGUCCGUCGCGAGGCGGGUACUCAAACACAUGGAGAGUCGAGGCGCGCCGAAUGACCCUGCAGGCCGUGCCCUCGGGCCUGGAGGUGAACCUUCGUUCACAGAGGAGAUAGGCUAUCUCCAACGGGACGACAGGGAAUCGCCGGGAGCGGGAUAG